AUGGCUCCCGUGCAGAGCAUCAUGGUGACCGUCCCGCCAGGGGUCACAGCAGGUCAGACGCUACAGGUGCAGACCCCAAUGGGCCUAGCCAGCUGUACGGUGCCCCCGGGCGUCCAACCAGGACAAACCUUCUCCUUCACACCUACGGCCGUGCCUCCACCGGUCAUCGUGCAAGCUCAGGCAGUAGAAGGGUGCCGUCUGAACUUUCAUGAGCAAUGA